CUUUUCUGUUUUGAUUUCGGCCCCGGAGGACCACCACCUGAGUCUAUAGGGCUGAAGCUGACAUGGCUCCAGAAAAGAACAGUAAUGGUCUUGACAACUAUGCAUUUGCACGUGAAGGGCGCUUUUGUGAUCUACCGGACACACAACAUGGAGAAGAAUUGGACAUGUCCAUGGAGUCAGACAACAACAAGCUAGUAUACUGCGUAACAGAUGUGCCUCCCUGGUACCUGUGCAUCAUCCUCGGCAUCCAGCACUGUUUGACGGCGUUUGGAGGAAUCAUCGCCAUUCCGUUAAUCCUGUCUCAGGGGUUGUGUCUGCAGUUUGAUGGCAUCACACAGAGCCACCUUAUCAGCACCAUCUUCUUUAUCUCCGGUGUUUGCACUCUGUUGCAAGUUACCUUCGGCAUCAGACUGCCCAUACUUCAAGGUGGGACCUUCACAUUGCUGGCACCGUCCAUGGCAAUGCUGUCCAUGCCGGAGUGGCAGUGCCCUGCUUGGACCCAAAAUGCCAGCCUGGUCAACACCUCCUCCAUAGAAUUCACUGAAGUAUGGCAGACUCGAAUGAGAGCACUGCAGGGGUCCAUUAUGGUGGGCUCACUGUUCCAGGUGUUUGUAGGUUUCUCCGGCCUCAUCGGCCUCUUCAUGCGCUUCAUUGGACCUCUGACCAUCGCUCCCACCAUCUCUCUCAUUGGACUGUCCCUGUUUGACUCAGCUGGUACCAGUGCUGGCAACCACUGGGGCAUCUCUACUAUGACCAUAGCACUGAUCAUCCUGUUCUCACAGUACCUCCGUCACAUACCUGUGCCAUUCCCUACGUACAGCAAGGAGAAAAAACUGCACACGUCCAAUGUCUACGUCUUUCAGAUUCUCCCUGUUCUUCUUGGAAUCACUUUGUCUUGGCUCAUCUGCUACAUUUUAACAACCUACAAUGCGCUUCCUAGUAAAACAAGCCAAUAUGGCUACCUGGCCCGCACUGAUCUAAAGGGAGAUGUUAUCAGCCAAGCUCCCUGGUUUCGUUUUCCUUACCCAGGUCAGUGGGGGAUGCCGACUGUGAGUCUGGCGGGGGUGAUUGGCAUCUUGGCCGGUGUGAUUUCCUCCAUGAUAGAGUCUGUAGGGGACUACCACGCAUGUGCCAGGCUCUCUGGGGCGCCACCUCCCCCUAAACAUGCUAUCAACAGGGGUAUUGGCAUUGAGGGACUGGGCUGUCUGUUGGCUGGAGCCUGGGGUACAGGAAAUGGAACCACUUCAUACAGCGAGAAUGUUGGAGCCCUUGGUAUUACAAAGGUUGGCAGUCGCAUGGUUAUUGUAGCCAGUGGAGUCCUGAUGGUUGUCAUGGGUUUGUUUGGUAAAGUGGGCGCCAUAUUCACUACGAUCCCAUCCCCUGUGGUAGGAGGGAUGUUCAUGGUUAUGUUUGGCGUCAUCUCUGCAGCAGGAGUUUCUAAUCUGCAGUAUGCAGAUAUGAAUUCUUCUCGAAACAUCUUCAUUUUUGGAUUCUCCAUGUUCUCGGGUCUGGUCAUUCCUAACUGGAUAUUCAAGAACCCCACAGCCAUUGCUACAGGUGUUGUUGAACUCGACCAGGUCUUGCAGGUUCUUCUGACAACCAGCAUGUUUGUUGGAGGUUUCUUUGGAUUCAUGCUGGACAACACAAUUCCAGGAUCAAAGCAUGAACGAGGCAUCCUGGCGUGGAACAAGGCUCACGAGGAUGAAUCCAGCAACACACUGGAGAGCGGAGAGGUCUACAACCUUCCCUUUGGCAUCAGCUCUUACUUGUCUUCUUCCUCCUGGAUCCGGUACAUACCCUUCUGCCCUCCGAGUGAGCCACACUCCCUGGACGGAAGUGGAGCAGAUACUAAUGCCCUGGAGCCUAAGCAGCCACUUGGACAUGCAGAGCCUUCACAGAUUAUUAUUGGAGUUGCCAUGUGAGUCCUGUACUCACUUCAGCAUGCAUCCAGAAAACCAUCAGAGGCAGCUCAGUUUGGACAUCCUGUCCUUUGUUAAAGACACUGUACUGUGACAACAUGGUGGAAUUCCACAUGAGCUUUGAAGUGACAUUUGCGAAUGGCAAUUGCAUGAAAUUGGAUACUAUGUGGACUUUCUUUAGGGAGGAAUUUAGGUACAUGAGGUUAGUUUUAUUAGAUAUCUUUAUUAAUUGUUUGUGUUAAAAAGUUAUGAUAUUAUACACUGGAUAACAUAUAUAUCAUCUUGAAGACAUUUUCUGUACAGUCAUUUCAUUUGUACUCACAGAUCAUACCACUGGAGUGUGAACAAUGAUUUCUUGUUUCGAUUUCUAUGGUCUUCUCAGUCUUAGAAUGCACUCACAGCCAGGUGUUAGUGAACAAACACUGAAAAGACAUAUGAAUAUAAGUAGAUCCAUUGUAUUGCUUUCAGCAUUUGAAUUCAUCUGUAUAUACAUCAUGUUUGAAUUAACUUUUAUGUGACAGUAAAUUAAUUAUUAUUUA